UCUCGGGUGUUGGAUUAGGGCUUCCUCGGUUGGCAAGUCGCAAGCGAAACCCGCGACGAUGGAGCAGAUCACCGAGGGCGUCAACAAUCUCAGCGUCGCUGCCGAUUCCUUCAAGGAGAACCGGAUCCUAGUCUCCAAUACGAAGAAGCCCCUCUUCUUCUACGUCAAUCUCGCCAAGAGGUACAUGCAGCAAUACGAUGAAGCAGAGCUUUCGGCUCUUGGAAUGGCCAUCGGAACUGUGGUCACCAUUGCGGAGAUUCUUAAAAACAAUGGCUUUGCGGUUGAGAAGAAGAUCAUGACAUCGAUGGUUGAUGUGGAGGAUGAGACCAGGGGACGGCUGUUGCAGAAAGCAAGGAUUGAGAUAUUGCUGGGAAAGACGGAAAACUUUGAUGAAUUAAUGGCUGCAGCCACACAGAGACGUGAUGGAGAUGGUGAGCAGCAUUAAAAUGAAGUCUUGCUUUGUUUUCGGAUUGGCAGACGGUGUUUGGUGAUUUCAUGGGCUAUUCCCAUGAAUCAAAGAGCAGCAUUAUUUGUUCUCCAACUCUCCGUGUAUGAUUCUAGGUUGUAGUGUUUUUUUGUUGGAAUGGAAUAUGUGAACCAAAACUGAACUUAAAGGUCCAUUUUCAUUGCAAACGAUGGUUUCUCUCAUCCACUAUAUGGCAACACAUUGUUCUGACC